AUGGCUUCUGAUUCCAACAAGCUCGAUUUUACUGUCGUCGAUGUCUUCACCGACAAGCGAUACGAGGGCAAUCCUCUGGCAAUUGUUCGCCUCCCCGCAUCAAGCAAGUUGACGCAGGAACAGAAACAAAACAUUGCUAGAGAAUUCAAUUUAUCCGAAACAACAUUCCUGCACGAGUCGGUGGGGGAUGAACCCGGUGUUUGGACAGUGGAUAUCUUCACCACUCACGAGGAAUUGCCAUUUGCAGGCCAUCCUACCAUCGUACAACUUCAAUACGACACCGCGAAGAGGACGGCUAAGGCUGCUAUCCCUCAUGAAGUUCACGUCCAUGAUAGGGUAUGGUCUCGAGACGAGUUGCUCGCCGUGCAACCUGCAUUGGCAGAGUUCGUUGGAAAUGACCAGAAAAUACCGAUUGUGUCUAUUGUCAAAGGCAUGACGUUCGUACUCAUUGAGCUCGAGAGCCUGGAAGCCCUCCAGAAAGUGAAGACAACAACAUCAAUAACAGUUGAUGCAUUGGACCAAGGCUGGGACGAUACAUUCGUGGGAACAUACUUCUAUGUCAAGACUUCCGCUGUUGCCGGGGUGCAACACGUGAGAACGAGGAUGAUAGAAGGGUCACUUGAAGACCCAGCUACAGGGAGUGCAGCAAGUGACCUGGCAGCAUAUCUUUCUCUUCUGCAAGGGAAGCCUGGCCAGACACUAGACUACGUUAUAACACAGGGCGUUGAAAUGGGUAGAAAGAGCGAGAUUUAUGUGCAAGUGAUCAUGGGAGGAGACAAGGGCAUCGAGACGAUCACACUGGGCGGAGGCGCUGUUCCAGUGAUGGAAGGUAGAUUGCUGAUUUAA